UUGGAAACGGCGACUGGGAAUCUGACGUCCUUCCCGCCGCAGGUUUGGUUGAGCCCGAGUUGCGGGGGAGAACUGGGGAAACUGGAAUUUCCCGCGGAGCUGACGGCGCUUGCUCUCCCCCUACUCAUUUUAAUUCCACGCGCUCCAAAAUAUCCGCCAUGGAGAAAUCUUGGUCAGGAUGUUCAUUCUAGGCCUCCCAGUGCCAUCAUGCUGAAGUUGAGUCAGGCAUCUGAAGGGAUUGUGCCAAGGGAGGGUGUGACAUAAGUCUAAUCAGCUGCCAUCAUCAUCAUGAACUUUGAGGGUCUGGACCCUGGUCUGGCAGAGUUUGCCCCAACCAUGCAUUCUGCCCUGGACCCUGUACUGGAUGCUCACCUGAACCCAAGUCUGCUACAGAAUGUGGAGCUGGACCCAGAGGGGGUGGCCUUGGAGGCUCUUCCCGUCCAGGAAUCAGUGCACAUAAUGGAAGGCGUCUACUCCGAAUUGCACAGUGUGGUGGCCGAAGUGGGUGUUCCUGUUUCCGUCUCCCACUUUGACUUGCACGAGGAGAUGCUAUGGGUGGGAAGCCAUGGGGGCCAUGCCACUUCAUUUUUUGGCCCAGCCUUGGAGCGCUACUCAUCCUUUCAGGUCAAUGGCAGUGAUGAUAUUCGGCAGAUUCAGAGCCUGGAGAACGGUAUCCUUUUUCUCACCAAGAACAACCUCAAGUAUAUGGCCCGUGGGGGCCUCAUUAUAUUUGAUUACCUGCUGGACGAGAGUGAGGACAUGCACAGUCUCCUGCUGACGGACAGCAGCACUCUGCUUGUUGGUGGACUGCAGAAUCAUAUAUUGGAGAUUGAUCUAAACACUGUCCAGGAGACUCAGAAGUAUGCCGUCGAGAUACCUGGAGUCACCAUUAUGAGACAGACGAACCGCUUCUUCUUCUGUGGCCACACAUCUGGCAAGAUUUCCCUGCGAGACCUCCGUACUUUUAAGGUGGAGCAUGAAUUUGAUGCCUUCUCAGGGAGUCUGUCGGAUUUUGAUGUGCAUGGCAAUCUUCUGGCUGCCUGUGGCUUCUCCAGCCUCCUCACAGGCCUGGCCUGUGAUCGUUUCCUUAAGGUGUAUGAUUUGCGCAUGAUGCGUGCCAUCACACCACUCCAAGUACACGUGGAUCCUGCCUUCCUGCGCUUCAUCCCUACAUACACAUCUCGUCUUGCUAUCAUAUCCCAGUCAGGGCAGUGCCAGUUUUGUGAGCCCACAGGCCUGGCCAACCCAGCAGACAUCUUUCAUGUGAAUCCUGUGGGACCUCUGCUAAUGACAUUUGAUGUGUCAGCUAGCAAGCAGGCCCUGGCCUUCGGAGAUUCCGAGGGCUGUGUGCACCUAUGGACUGAUUCCCCUGAGCCUUCAUUCAACCCCUACUCCCGUGAGACUGAGUUUGCUUUGCCUUGUCUUGUGGACUCACUGCCUCCUCUGGACUGGAGCCAGGACCUGCUGCCUCCCCUCAUCCCUGUCCCGCUUACCACUGACACACUCCUCUCCGAUUGGCCUGCUGCCAACGCUGCUCCAGCCCCCAGGCGAGCACCACCUGUGGAUGCAGAGAUUCUGCGCACCAUGAAGAAGGUGGGCUUCAUUGGUUACGCACCUAACCCCCGCACCAGGCUGCGCAAUCAGAUUCCUUACCGACUCAAGGACUUGGACAAUGAAUUUGACAGCUUCAGCCAGGUCACUGAGUCACCAGUAGGGCGGGAAGAAGAGCCACAUCUCCACAUGGUUUCUAAGAAAUAUCGCAAGGUGACCAUCAAAUAUUCCAAGCUAGGGCUGGAGGACUUCGACUUCAAACACUACAAUAAGACCCUGUUUGCUGGAUUAGAGCCCCACAUCCCCAAUGCCUACUGUAACUGCAUGGUCCAGGUGCUCUAUUUCCUGGAACCUGUUCGCUGUCUGAUCCAGAAUCACCUCUGCCAGAAGGAGUUCUGCCUGGCAUGUGAGUUGGGCUUCCUCUUCCACAUGUUGGACCUCUCCCGUGGUGACCCUUGCCAGGGCAGUAAUUUUCUUCGGGCAUUCCGCACCAUCCCUGAGGCCUCAGCCCUUGGUCUGAUUCUGGCUGACUCAGACGAGGCUUCUGGCAAGGGCAAUCUGGCCAGGCUCAUUCAGAGGUGGAAUCGCUUCAUUCUCACUCAACUGCACCAGGAUAUGCAGGAGCUGGAAGUGCCCCAAGCUUACCGAGGUGCUGGAGGCAGCAGCUUUUGCUCAUCGGGGGACUCUGUCAUCGGGCAGCUGUUCAGCUGUGAGAUGGAGAACUGCAGCCUCUGUCGCUGUGGCAGUGAGACCGUGCGAGCCUCAUCCACCCUCCUUUUCACACUCUCCUACCCUGAGGGUAGCAACAGUGAUAAAACCGGGAAGAACUAUGACUUUGCUCAGGUGUUGAAGCGAAGCAUCUGCCUGGAGCAGAACACGCAGGCCUGGUGUGACAACUGUGAGAAGUACCAGCCCACGAUUCAGACCCGCAACAUCCGUCAUCUCCCAGAUAUUCUUGUCAUCAAUUGUGAGGUGAACAGCUCAAAGGAGGCCGAUUUCUGGAGAAUGCAGGCUGAGGUUGCCUUCAAGAUGGCAGUAAAGAAGCAUGGUGGGGAAAUGUCCAAGAAUAAAGAAUUCACUUUGACUGAUUGGAAGGAAUUAGGGAGUCCAGAAGGUGUGCUGGUGUAUCCUUCCAUUGAGGACUUGAAGAAUGUCUGGCUUCCUUUCUCCAUUCGCAUGAAGAUGACCAAGAACAAAGGACUGGAUGUUUGCAAUUGGACUGAUGGGGAUGAGGUGCAGUGGGGCCCAGCCAGGGCAGAGGAGGAGCAUGGUGUCUAUGUGUAUGACCUGAUGGCUACUGUGGUACACAUCCUGGACUCACGCACAGGGGGCAGCCUGGUGGCUCACAUCAAAGUUGGAGAGACCUAUCACCAGCGCAAGGAGGGUGUUACUCACCAGCAGUGGUAUCUCUUCAAUGAUUUUCUUAUUGAACCUAUUGAUAAGCAUGAGGCUGUGCAGUUUGACAUGAAUUGGAAAGUACCUGCUAUCCUUUAUUACGUCAAAAGAAAUCUCAAUUCCAGAUACAACCUGAACAUCAAGAACCCUAUUGAGGCAAGUGUCUUACUGGCUGAAGCCUCACUGGCACGGAAGCAGCGGAAAACACAUACCACCUUUAUUCCACUUAUGCUGAAUGAGAUGCCACAGGUUGGGGACCUGGUCGGCCUGGAUGCUGAGUUUGUCACCCUUAAUGAGGAGGAAGCCGAGUUACGCAGUGAUGGUACCAAGUCUACCAUUAAACCAAGCCAGAUGUCAGUAGCAAGGAUUACCUGUGUUCGGGGCCAGGGACCCAAUGAGGGUAUCCCUUUCAUUGAUGACUACAUCUCUACCCAGGAACAGGUGGUGGAUUACCUGACUCAGUAUUCAGGGAUAAAGCCAGGAGACCUCGAUGCCAAAAUUUCAUCCAAGCACCUAACAACUCUCAAGUCUACCUAUUUAAAGCUUCGAUUUCUCAUUGACAUUGGAGUCAAGUUUGUGGGUCAUGGCCUACAGAAGGAUUUCCGGGUCAUCAACCUCAUGGUCCCCAAAGACCAAGUCCUUGACACUGUCUACCUGUUCCACAUGCCCCGAAAACGAAUGAUUUCCCUACGAUUCCUCGCUUGGUACUUUCUGGACCUGAAGAUUCAGGGGGAGACCCAUGACAGUAUUGAAGAUGCCCGCACAGCCCUUCAGCUCUACCGGAAGUAUUUGGAACUAAGCAAGAAUGGCACUGAGCCUGAGUCUUUCCACAAGGUGCUCAAGGGUCUUUACGAGAAGGGCCGCAAAAUGGACUGGAAGGUGCCAGAGCCUGAGGGCCAGACAAGUCCCAAGAGUAAGGCCUGGGAUGCGACAAAAGAAAUAGGACUGAGUGGAUUUUGAUCACAUAUAUUGAGACUGUAGCUACCACAGUGAUGGUGAUGAUAUAACAAUACCAUUCCUACCUUAUAUUUUUAAAGCAUGAAACAGUUUACAAACCACUCAAUCCUCCACUUGGUGAAGUAUAUUUUAUUAUUGAAACUUUCCAUUGGUUCUAUAACCUUUUCUUGCCCAGCUCUGCAAUGUUUAGAGGUGUGUAUCUUCUUUUUUUUUGCAUUUUUCCUUCAUAAGUAUAAAAAGGUGUUCUUUUCGCCACUGCCUUCAGAGUCAUGCUUUUGAUUUUGUCUCUGACAGAUGCAGCUCUCUUCUCCUCAGUGCUGGCACAUUGACCUACCCACGCCCCAAAAAAAUCACUGUCCUCUCCCUUCAGUGUUCUGUGGCCCCAGAACUGGGAGGUGGCUUCCCAAGUUGGCUGUACCCUGUCCACUUCCAGAAUUGGACCUGCUUAGGGUCUACAGAUGGUGCUAUUAAUAGAACUAGAAUGCAGCAGAAUUGUUGCAGAGAUUAUAGGGGCCAAAUUCCUUCUCCAUCUUUUGCAAAACAGUGGGCCAGAAACAAUCUAAAAUGGACCCAGAUGGAAAGGAAUUAGUAUUCUAGUAAUGUCCUCAGUGAUUACUCUGCAGGCAAAGAAGCUCUUGGAACCAAAACUCUGUUUCUAUCUGGCUAGGAACUGAAGUCCUGGACAGACAAAGCAGAUAUAGCAGUGAUUAAGACAACUCAGUCUCCCAACUGCUUGAGGGAUGCUGGAAGAGGGCCAGCAUGUAGAAUCUCAGUGGCUCAAGCAAACCAGUUUUGCCGACACUGUUGCCAAAAGGGCCUUUGGGUCCUUGACAAAGCUUGGCUACUAGAUUAAUUUAUUUCUGCUGAGAACUAAAAAACAUCAGUCUUCCAUCCACUCUCCUCUCCCAUGUUUUGUUAUUUUUUAAGAAUUUUGUUUUAAACUGCAUGUUUUAUAAAAUAAAAACAAAAAUACAGUCAUCUAUGUCAUUAGAGAACUUCCAGCGUGGGUUUCUGUGACUUCAGCCCUCGUUUCUUUGGUUUGCCUUCCUGGUACAUGACAAAACUAAGGUUAUGUU